AUGAUGAGGAUACACAUCCACCCAAUAUUGUUGUCCUUGUUACUUAUCACUUUGACCACUAUCCUCCAACCACCAGCCGCCACGUACCCUUGUCCUCCCCCGAGACCACCACCGCCGCCGUCUAACCUCACUCCCGAAGCCUUCCACCGGUGCCUCAACCGCCGCCCGGAAUCCUCCUCCCGAAUCCCCUUCUCCACCAUCUAUGCCCCUACCAUCAACCCCACUUCCUUCUCCUCCCUCCUCAACUCCACCGCCCAAAACCUCCGCUGCCUUUCCCCUUCCAUCCCCAAACCCUUCCUCAUCUUCACCCCACUCCACGAGUCCCACGUGUCCCCCGCCGUCACGUGCGCACGCGACCUCCACCUCGACCUCCGCGUCCGCAGCGGCGGCCACGACUACGAGUGCCUCUCCUACAUCUCCCUCCUACCCCACCGCCCACCGUUCAUCCUCCUCGACCUCCAGCACCUCCGCCACGUCAGCGUCGACGUGGCGACACGCACCGCGUGGGUCCAAUCCGGCGCCACCAUAGGCGAACUCUACUAUCACGUGGCUGAAUCCAGCCGCGGCACCCUCGCCUUCCCCGCCGGCCUCUACGGCAGCAUCGGGAUCGGCGGCCACAUCACCGGAGGCGCCUACGGUGGCUUGAUGCGGGCCCACGGCCUCGGUGUCGAUAAUGCCCUCGCCGCUCUCGUCGUGACGGCCGACGGCCGCCUCGUCGUGGCCUCGGCCGCCGCCUAUCCCGACCUCUUCUGGGCCGUCCGGGGAGGCGGAGGGGGCAACUUCGGCGUGAUCCUCGCGUGGAAGCUCCGGCUCGUCACCGUCCCGCCGAAAGUCACGGUUUUCAACGCCGCGCGGCCGUUGAACCGAAUCGGGAUAGGGAUUCUCGACAGGUGGCAAAAGGUGGCCCACGAGAUGGAUAACCGGACGUUCAUCCGUGUCCUUAUGCAAUCCGCGGCGGGAGACGACCCGAUUUCGGUCUACAACGCGGUGUUUCUCGGCAAACGAGACGAGCUUCUCGGUGUUAUGCGGAGAAGCUUCCCCGAGCUCGGGCUCGACGAGUCGGAAUGCGCGGAGAUGACGUGGAUCGAGUCCGUCGUGUUCACGGGAGGGUACGUAAACGGGACGAAGCCCGAGUAUUUGCUCACGGGGAAGCCUGCGUUCGGUAUGAUACAGUACGUCGUCAGUUGGAGUGAUGCGGAGAGCUUGGAAGCGGAAGCUAAGAACACGGAGUUUAUGAGGAGGGUUUACGAGACUAUGGGCCGUUAUAUUCCGAGUGGAGGAAGGGCGAGAGAAGCUUAUGUUAACUACAAGGAUCUCGAUAUUGGGCGGUCGAGUAAUUGCGAUGACUCCAACUGCAGCUGCCCGUAUUUGUGGGGUCCCAAGUAUUACUUGAGCAAUUUCGAUAGGCUUAUCCGGGUGAAAGAGUCACCGAAUUACACGAUGAGGAUACACCCAAUAUUUCUGUCCUUGGCACUGAUCACUUUGACCACUAUCCUCCAACCACCAGCCGCCACGUACCCUUGUCCUCCACCUCGACCACCGCCGCUGCAGCCUAACCCCACUCCCGAAGCCUUCCACCGCUGCCUCAACCGCCAGCCGGAAUCCUCCUCUCGAAUCCCCUUCUCCACCAUCUACUCCCCUACCAUCAACCCCACUUCCUUCUCCUCCCUCCUCAACUCCACCGCCCAAAACCUCCGCUGCCUUUCCCCUUCCAUCCCCAAACCCUUCCUCAUCUUCACCCCACUCCACGAAUCCCACGUGUCCCCCGCCGUCACGUGCGCACGUGACCUCCACCUCGACCUCCGCGUCCGCAGCGGCGGCCACGACUACGAGUGCCUCUCCUACAUCUCCCUCCUACCCCACCGCCCACCGUUCAUCCUCCUCGACCUCCAGCACCUCCGACACGUCAGCGUCGACGUGGCGACACGCACCGCGUGGGUCCAAUCCGGCGCCACCAUAGGCGAGCUCUACUAUCACGUGGCUGAAUCCAGCCGCGGCACCCUCGCCUUCCCCGCCGGCCUCUACGGCAGCGUUGGGAUCGGCGGCCACAUCACCGGAGGCGCCUACGGCGCCUUGAUGCGGGCCCACGGCCUCGGUGUCGAUAACGCCCUCGCUGCUCGAGUCGUGACGGCCGACGGCCGCCUCAUCGUGGCCUCGGCCGCCGCCUAUCCCGACCUCUUCUGGGCCGUCCGGGGAGGCGGCGGCGGCAACUUCGGCGUGAUCCUCGCGUGGAAGCUCCGGCUCGUCACCGUCCCGACUAAAGUCACGGUUUUCAACGCCGCGCGGCCGUUGAACCGAUUUGGGAUAGGGAUUCUCGACAGGUGGCAAAAGGUGGCCCACGAGAUCGAUAACCGGACGUUCAUACGUGUCCUUACGCAAUCCGCGGCGGGAGACGAACCGAUUUCGGUCUACAACGCGGUGUUUCUCGGGAAACGAGACGAGCUUCUCCGUGUUAUGCGGAGAAGCUUCCCCGAGCUCGGGCUCGACGACUCGGAGUGCGCAGAGAUGACGUGGAUCGAGUCCGUCGUGUUCACGGGAGGGUACGUAAACGGGACGAAGCCCGAGUAUUUGCUCACGGGGAAGCCCGCGUUCGUGAGUGCUUUCAAAGCGAAGUCGGAUUUUCCGAGGGGGAACAUGCCGGUGGAGGGACUCGAGAAAUUGGUCGAUUUCCACCGGCGGCGGGAAUUCAAAUUCUCGUUGCUGACGAUAUGGAAUCCGUUUGGUGGGGCGAUGGCGAGUGUCGGGGAAGAGGAUACGCCGUACCCGCACAGGAAGGUGCAGGGUAUGAUACAGUACGUCGUCAGUUGGAGUGAUGCGGAGAGCUUGGAAGCGGAAGCUAAGAACACGGAGUUUAUGAGGAGGGUUUACGAGACUAUGGGCCGUUAUAUUCCGAGUGGAGGAAGGGCGAGGGAAGCUUAUGUUAACUACAAGGAUCUCGAUAUUGGGCGGUCGAGUAAUUGCGAUGACUCCAACUGCAGCUGCCCGUAUUUGUGGGGUCCCAAGUAUUACUUGAGCAAUUUCGAUAGGCUUAUCCGGGUGAAAGGUAAGGUUGAUCCCUGUAAUUUCUUCAGAUUCGAACAGAGCGUCCCGAUUUCUACGUCUUCCGAGAGACAAUGCUUGCAGUUAAUUUGA